AGGAGAAGAAGAAGAAGGAGAAGAAGACGAAGGAGACUGGGAGAAGGAGGAGGAGGACAAGAAGGAGUACAAGAAGAAGAAGGAAGGGCAGGGGUCCCAAAACUUGUAUAACAUCGUAAUUCCUUGUUUGUUCCUGUCCUCCCUUCUUUCCUUCUCAUUAUCCCCUGCGUCCUUCAUAUCGAUCUCUGUAUUUCUUCUUUUUUCCCAGUUUCYAUGAAUAUCAUGUCUCGAUACCUACAGUGCCGAAAGCUUCGAAAGUUGGUUUCCAAGCACGUGUUUGUUUUUUUCAUUAUCCGUUUAUACAUCACCGGUUCGUGUUCUAAAAAAAAUUGUCCAAAAAAUCAUUCCCGAACCACGGAGAAGGGGGAAGGGUGCAAUUAAAGCCAGAAUCUGACCAUUCUAAAACUUUUGAAUGUAAUUUCUUUGCUUAYUUAUAUAUGCAACGCGUAAUGGAGAAAGAAUGUGCGGAUAUUAAAAUCAUCCAUAACCAGUCUGCCUGGGAUUGAAGCAAUCUCUACCAGCCAAAUUUGCGAUUUUUUUCUUCACUAUCGAAACUAAAAGUAAUUCAAAUCCAUCAGACGUGCACUAUUAAUAUUGCAUAAAACUAAACUCUUACAAAAACCUACAUUUGAUUUUUUUUAUUCGUUCUGCGUCGUUUUUG